AAACAAUGACGUCACAUAGCAUAAUUCUGGGAGUCGACGGCCGCCGAGCGAGAUGCCCAUCCUUACCUUCAUCGCACGCGUCUCCGAUGGCAUGAUCCUCGUGGCCUCGAUGGAGUCCACGGGCGACUACCACGACAACCUUGACACGUACAAGCAGCAGGGCAAGCAAAUCAUGAAGAAGCUCAACCAGCGGUCACCGACCAAGUGCAGUAUCGAGUCGGGCCCGUACUGCUUCCACUACCUCAUCGAGGAGGGCAACUGCUACCUUACGUUUUCGGACAAGAACUACCCGAAGCGCCUUGCGUUUUUGUACCUGGAGGAAAUCCAUGCUGGUUUUGUCGACGAGCUGCAGCGGGACCACGGAGACAACUGGCGAGACACGGUCACGACAAUUGCGCGGCCGUAUGCGUUCAUCAAGUUUGACAAGUUCAUCCAGCGCAAACGCAAGGAGUACACGGACCCCAGCUCCUCCCAGAACAUGUCCAAGGUCAACAACGACCUCGCAGAUAUCCACAACGUCAUGCGCAAGAACAUCCAAGAAGUGCUCAACCGCGGCGAAGCCAUUGACCGCGUCUCACAAAUGUCGUCCAACCUUGCGGACCGCUCGAAGGACUUCAAGUGGGGCGCCAAGAAGCUGAGCCUUCAGGCCAUGUACCAAAAGUACGGCCCACUGGUCGCGAUCGGUCUCUUCAUCGUGCUCGUACUCUACUUCAAGUUCUUUUAAAGGACACAAGAGCAAACCAUCGACGACUAGACUCACUAACGUAUCACAAAACCCGAUGAUCGUAUAAGGACGAAGGCUACUUGCUCAGUGUUGCUAGUACUUGGCCACGUGCGCGACCAUUGUUC